UCUUAAAGCUGGCUCGAUUAUAAUAUACAACGAGCGGUCAAAUGUUUACGCGCACCAGUUUGUGUGACGGUCUUUCCAUUCAACCGCGCAAAUUUUGUGAGAUGCGACCAAAAAAAUUGUAGUUUCAAAAUCUGCUUCAAAGUCAUACAGGAUUCGCUAAGUUUGCAGCAAAAUGCCUCACAAAAGAGCGAAAGCAAGCGUUAGGAAUGCAACUAAAGAUAAGAGACUGGAUCUGCCAGCUACCUCUGACAAGUUUUCAGAUACUCCUGGAGCCUUUAAGAGAUUGAUGAAAGCGAAGGAAUUUGCUGCGAAGAAGGCCCAAGUGAAGAAGGCCCAGAAAGAAGAAGGUGGAAAGGAAGCAGCUGAGCGAAACAUACCGCAAAUUCGACCUGGUGAACGGAUGAAAGCAUUUAGUCAGCGUGUAGAGGAAGAGAUGCGUGGUACCUUUCUUAAGUCCGUUCGCGAGUCCAAGCCAGUGACAGAGAGAAAACGAAAAUACAGAGACAACAAAAAGGAGAGGGAAAGAGCUAAGAAACAAAGUAAACUAGAAGAUCGAACUGACGACUGGGGCAAACUGCGAGAUGAUGUGAAGUUUGGAGAAGUUGCAGAUGCACCACCAAUACUGAAGUCUAUCCCCAAAGCUCGUGGUGCCGCCAAAAAGGCACUGGAAGCCAAGUCAGCAGAGGCUAUGAAGACUACGCAGAAGGAUGGUUAUCAAUCAGAAGAGGAUGAAAACAUGAAAAUGCUUAAAGCGUCGCACAAGAGAAAGCUGAGCAACCUCAGUUUGGCCUCUCGUAAAGCUUUGGACGUUGAGCGUGAACGUGCCAUCAAGUUAUAUCGCAUGAAGAAAGCGCAGAAAAUGCAAGUCUCAGGCUUAACACCACUGGUUUGAUUGUCGCAUCACAGUUGAUUCCCUGUGCCCUGCCCUUG